AUGGAUACUUCCGAUAAGUGGGAUGUCAUUUGGUACUUCUCAUCACUGGACUUCAGUGUUGAGCGGAAUUCCGUCUUCCGUCUUCCGUCUGCCGUCUUCCGUCUUCCGUCUUUCGUGGUUUUUUUGGUUCCGUCUUCCGUCUUCCGUCUUCCGUGGAUUUUUUCUUCUUACCGUAAAAGAGUAAUUGCUUUUCAGAAGCCAUUUACUAGCCCCGAAAAACGCGAAUUUCCACGGGCACUGAAUCAGAUCCAAUAUUUUUGUUGUUUAGUUAUUUUUAAUUUUAAAAAAACCGGAGAAAAAGGUUCUGCAUUGACGAUUUUUUUGUUCCGUCUUCCGUCUGCCGUCUUCCGUGAGAAAAAUGUUCUUCCGUCUUCCGUUUUCCGUGUUCCGUGAGAGAAAUUUUCUUCCGUCUUCCGUCUUCCGUCUUCCGUGAGAAAAAUUUUCUUCCGUCUUCCGUCUGCCGUCUUCCAAAUUUCAAAAUUCCAUUUCCGCUCAGCUCUGCUGGACUUGUGAAAUCCCCAGUGACUGACAAAGUUCAAGCCCAUAGUUUGCACGAUUAUCAGUCGUGUUUUAGAGUAUUCACUUUGAAAGUUUCAGACCGAUUGGACACUCGACCAGAUAAUCGGAUCCAAAACACUGCAGUAAAAUCAAAAGUCUCCCUGUGUUCACUUUUCAAUUUCUUAUCACACAAUCAGUGUUUUUUAUCGCGCGCGAUCUUUCGAUAAAUUUAUCAUCAACGCACCCCUCCUUCCUGUGGCUUUGGCUCUUUACCUUAUCGAAAAACAGUUUGUCGAUAUCACCAUGUUUCAUUAUCGAUAAAUGUAUCGAAGAACGCGUUUUUUGGAUAAAGCAAGUUGCGUUCUUGCCCGCGCCGAUCGAUAUUGGCGCUUUUUCGUCUGCGCCUCUGUCGUCAGUGUCUCUUUCUUUCGAAACGUUUAAUCGACGUUUUCUGGCUUUGUUUUUCGGUUUUCCAAUUCCCUAUUCAGAAAUUUCGUGCUGCGCAUUCAAAAAGUACAAUAACACGUUUCUUUGUUAGUUUCAGACGUCAAUUUUACAGCUCAAAAUGGAUCGACACUUGGAUGUUCCGAAACUGAAACCGAUUUGGCAAAGUUUGCCGUUCCAUUUCAAGCAGUCACUUGUCAAAAAGUUGGACUACAAAUCCAGGUGAGCUUAAUAAAUGUUGUCCGAAAAAAAAAACAAAUUGUUGGAACAGUUGAAACAAUUGCAGAAUUCGUCUGGGUCGUUGCUCGACAGCCGAAAGGCACCUCCUGAAUAAAUGUCCGAUUUAUUUGCAUCGUGUGACCGUGCACUGCCCGACAACUGAAAGUUCGCACGCUUCUCUGAAGAUCACCGACGCCGGAUCCAUAAAAAUGAUCGUGAAUGAAGAGUACGAACCGGAGGCGGUGCUCCGCGAUUUCCUCUCGAUUUUCGCUCACCACAAAUCGAUUGUGAAGAAUGUGAAUUUCGAGCAAUGCCUUCGUGAGUUGUCAAACUUCUCUCUCUAACGGUCUAACUAUUUUUAGGCAAAUAUACGAGUCCAGAACCGGCUGGAGUAUCCGAGUUCUUCCAACAACUAAUCGCCGGCUUCGACGCCCUCGGCGCCAAGUUCACGAUCAAAGCGGAGGAGCUGGUGUGGGGGUGUGCGGAGGGUUCGGAGCCCGCGUUCAUCGAGAUUCUCAAGUUUUUCGACGCGAACACUCUGCGAAGACUGCACCUGUUCACCGCCUCGAAACUGUUCGACUGGCACCGAUUGGCGGCGAUGAAACAGUGGCUGAAUCUGUAUGAGAUUCAGUCGGCGGCCGACGGAUUCCCUGUCAGUCUCAUGCUGCCUCUCGACAAGUACAUCGGACUCUACCAGCAUUUGACCACUCCGCAAGCCGCCGCCAUCAUUGAGGUUCGCUCUUUUUGUGUAUUACAUAGGAGGAGAUGUUUCAGGCGGCGCUCAAAAAAAAAGUGGGCAGCCAGUACUCGAUGGUGACGCCGCGGUUCAAAAGCUCUCAACGCACACAGAUUGUCGAACAAUUCGGUGCGGAACUUCACGAGCCGGAGGGGUACGUUGCGUGUAUCUCAAGCCAAUCAACAACUUUCCAAUUGAUCAUUUUAUUCCGAACCCCGUCGUGUUUUUGAGUUAUAGUCUUUUUUCUAGACACGCUCGCGGUCACCAGAGCUGACAAUGGGCGCAAGUGCGCCCCGCCCAAUAGAGCGAAACAUUGGCGCGAAAUUCAAAUUUUAACAGCAAAAUUUGUGUUUUUUGCCAGAUUAGCCACGAAAAACCGAUAAUGUCUCAUUUGUCUCUCGAUAGACCGAUUGUAUAGGCUAUUACGAAUUUCUUCUUUACGAAUUUCAUAUUUAUCCGUUUGAAGGUUUUUCGCUAAAACUGCGUGAAUUUUAGUUGCUUUUCGGUAGUUUUCGCGGUUCGAGCGCUCAAAAAGCUUGUAUUUACGUGAUUCAUCAUUCUCAAAGACCAAUUCUUUCUGAAAACGGUCAAGAAAGCGCAAAAUGAGAAGUGCGGUUAUCAGGCGGCGAAGACGAAAAAGCAAAGUCCGCGAAAAAUGCGCGAAAACGUCAUUAAUUCUGAGAAUUAGUGUGUUUUCAUGUCGAACAAUCAUUUUUCAUCGCCUUUGACCACAAAAAUCAGAAAAAAAAACCUGCUCAAUUCCUGAAAACGCCAUUUGGCCGAGGCCACGCCCAUAUUGUCAGCUCUGGAGACCGUGACGCUAGACAUUUAAAUGUGAUUGAGUGUUUCCAGCGAACAACACAACGGAAUCUACAAAAUCCGGAUUCCAAACUCGGAGAACGUGCUCGUGUUCACGACGUUUGUGCAUUUUCGCGGAAAAGUGUGCCGCUGGGAUAAAAUCGAAUUGCCGAAAGGGCCGUGA